CGGCCGUUGGCUAACGUGGAAGCCAGACCCGCCGGCCGGCUAAGGGGCAGGGAGCGCGCUGCCUGGGCUAGUCGGGCGCGCGGAACGGCGGCUUUGAGGGCUUCUCCGCACAGCUCGGCCUUUCCCGGGAGCGGGCGAUGGGGCGCGCGAGCGCCGAGGAGCAGGCGCCGGUGUAGUCCUCGCGGCGCCCGGCCCGGGAUCGCGGCGGCGGAGGCGGCGCGGGGCGCGGGGAGGCCUGUGAGGGCCACCGCCCCGAGUGCCGGGCCUCCCGCGCCAUGGCCCCCAUGGGCAUCCGCCUCUCCCCGCUGGGGGUGGCCGUGUUCUGCCUGCUGGGUCUCGGCGUGCUCUACCACCUCUACUCGGGCUUCCUGGCCGGCCGCUUCAGCCUAUUCGGCAUGGGCGGCGAGCCUGGCGGCGGAGCGGCGGGGCCCGGGGCCGCGGCUGACGGGGGCACGGUGGACCUGCGGGAGAUGCUGGCCGUGUCCGUGCUGGCGGCCGUGCGCGGCGGAGACGAAGUGCGUCGGGUCCGCGAGAGCAACGUCCUCCACGAGAAGUCCAAGGGGAAGACGCGCGAGGGGGCCGACGACAAGAUGACCAGCGGGGAUGUGCUGUCCAACCGCAAGAUGUUCUACCUACUCAAGACAGCUUUCCCCAACGUGCAGAUCAAUACUGAGGAACACGUGGAUGCAACUGAUCAGGAGGUUAUCUUAUGGGAUCGUAAGAUCCCCGAGGACAUCCUAAAGGAAAUAGCCACUCCUCAGGAAGUACCAGCAGAAAGUGUUACUGUCUGGAUUGACCCACUUGAUGCUACACAGGAAUAUACGGAGGAUCUUCGAAAGUAUGUUACUACUAUGGUAUGUGUGGCUGUAAACGGUAAACCUGUGCUAGGAGUGAUACAUAAACCGUUUUCUGAGUAUACAGCAUGGGCGAUGGUUGAUGGCGGGUCGAACGUGAAAGCCCGCACUUCUUACAAUGAGAAGACCCCCAGGAUCGUUGUGUCUCGCUCGCAUUCGGGGAUGGUCAAACAGGUUGCCCUUCAGACUUUCGGGAACCAGACCACAAUCAUCCCGGCCGGCGGUGCAGGUUACAAAGUUUUAGCACUCUUGGAUGUGCCUGAUAAGAGUCAGGAAAAAGCUGAUCUGUAUAUCCAUGUGACAUAUAUCAAAAAGUGGGAUAUAUGUGCUGGCAAUGCCAUCUUAAAAGCCCUCGGGGGGCAUAUGACGACGCUGAGUGGUGAAGAAAUCAGCUAUACCGGCUCUGACGGCAUCGAAGGAGGGCUCCUCGCCAGCGUCAGGGUGGAUCACCAGGCUCUGGUCAGGAAGCUCCCCGAUCUAGAGAAGACGGGACAUAAAUAAGCAAAGCCCGUUAAGGUCCCAGCCCUCCAGAGCUGGACAGUCAGCUGAAACACUGGAGGCUUCAAAGCGAUGGUGAAGACUAUGCAUGGUUAAGGCCAGCCUGAACUUUCGGAAGUAUUUAUGAAGCAUCAGAGACUUCUCUUCCCUAUUAAGAGGAUGCAAGAUCAGGGAAGAUGGGUUGCUUCGUGUCUCAAGUAUUGUCUUUAUUUUUGAGACUAUUUUCGUACAGUUGUCAUACACAAGGAGCAUAUAUAAUAUAUAUUUGUGAGUUAAAACCUAUAGCUGAGUCUACGUUGUUACGAGUCACCAUUUUCACACAAUAUCAUGAAUCUUCACUGUUGGUACCUUCGUAUAGAAUUGGGAUGAAGAAAGGAUUGAUUUUGUGUAGCUGUUUAAUAUUACUUUACGGUUAUAUCUCAUUGAAAAUAAAAUAGUUGGGGGUUUUUACCUCUAAUUCAGAUGGAAAGCACAAGAAGCUACAAAUUCAUUAAUAUGCAACAAUUGCUCUAUUUAUCUGUUACUGAAUAUUUCUCAUGGAUUAAAGUAGAAAAACU